AUGGGGUACAACGAGAUGAUUCACAACGCCAACGUCGCCGUUGCGCGGUCGUUCGUUGGCAGACGCUUUCGCCUUGAGGGAUCUGGUCACAAGAAGGAGCGCAAGGGAUCAUAUUUCUUCACCGAGGUCAGAGCUGGCCUGGCUACCUUCUUCGCCAUGGCCUACAUUAUCUCCGUCAACGCCACCAUCGUUGCCGACUCUGGUGGUACUUGUGUUUGCACUGGCGAGGAUCUGUGCGUUGCUGAUCCAGAGUUUCUGCUCUGCAAGGCUCGCGUGCAGCGCGAUUUGGUCACGGCUACAGCCGCGAUCUCUGCUCUCACAACUUUCUGCAUGGGUCUCUUCGCAAACAUGCCUAUUGGACUAGCGCCAGGCAUGGGUCUCAACGCUUACUUCGCCUACACUGUCGUCGGAUUCCACGGUUCAGGGCCAGUUCCUUACCGCAUUGCCGUCACGGCCGUCUUCGUGGAAGGCCUGGUCUUCGUCGGCUUGACUCUUUGCGGACUUCGUCAGUGGCUCGCUCGUGCCAUUCCAUCCUCCAUCAAGCUCGCCACUGCAGUUGGCAUCGGCCUGUACCUGACCAUCAUCGGUCUAACCUACUCUGCCGGCAUUGGCGCGAUCACUGGCGCCGUAAGCACCCCCUUGGAACUCGCCGGCUGCCACCCUGCGAACCGCCUCGAGGACGGCACGUGCCCAUCAUUUGACAAGAUGAGGAACCCUACCAUGUGGAUCGGCAUCUUCUGCGGCGGCUUCCUGACCGUGCUCCUCAUGAUGUACCGCAUCAAAGGUGCAAUCAUCAUUGGCAUUCUCCUCGUCUCAAUCAUCUCCUGGCCUCGUCCCACACCGGUCACAUACUUCCCCUACACCGACCUCGGCGACAACAUGUUCGAUUUCUUCAAGCAAGUCGUGACCUUCCACCCGAUUGGCGAAGUCCUCGCCGUCCAACAAUGGAACAUCUCCGAGUACGGCGGACAAUUCGGCCUCGCCUUUAUCACCUUCCUCUACGUCGAUAUCCUCGACUGCACCGGUACCCUUUACGCCAUGGCGCGCUACUGCGGCGCUAUCGAUGAGCGCACCCAAGACUUCGAAGGCUCAGCCGUCGCCUACCUCGUUGACGCCUUCGGCAUCUCCAUCGGGUCGCUCUUCGGCUGCCCGCCAGUCACCGCUUACAUUGAGUCCGGUGCCGGUAUCUCUGAAGGCGGAGCCACGGGCAUCACCGCCAUGGUGACAGGUCUUUGUUUCUUCAUCUCCAUCUUCUUCGCGCCCAUCUUUGCCUCCAUUCCACCAUGGGCUACGGGAUGCACGCUCAUCAUCGUCGGCAGCUUGAUGGCCAAGCAGGCCGCGCAGAUCAACUGGACGUACAUGGGCGACGCUAUUCCCGCGUUCUUGACCAUUGCGCUCAUGCCGUUCACCUACUCCAUCGCCGACGGUCUCAUCGCGGGUAUUACCAGCUAUAUUUUCAUCAACACCGUUGUGUGGAUCAUUGAGAAGUCUUCCGGUGGGAAGAUCAGACCGGAAAACAAGGAUGUCAAGGACCCUUGGACGUAUAAGAUCGAGGGUGGUUUGCUACCGCCGUGGGUCAAGCGCGCUGCCCGUGGAAAGAAGGACUUCUGGCGACCGGCGGAUGAUGAGGAGCAUAACGUUGUUCCGGCCGGUGGUAGCGGGACUUACGAUGGGAAGAGUGCGGAGAUCAAGGGUGUGGAGAGGGAUAGCACGAGUGAUAGUAAUACCGAGGUGAAGGAGAAGCUACAUGAAAUGGCUAGACGGGGUUAA